CUGACUGUGGACGUGUGCGCGUCACGGAUCUGGCGGAUAGAAACAGAAACGGUCUGGAGAGAGUCGACGCAGACGCACAAUACUAAGAAAUCAACGUUGAUUAAACAAUUCUAAAGACAUGAAAAAAUUCACUCCAUUCGACAAAGGCAUCAAGUUGGUGUCACGACCAAGCGAUCUCGAUGAAUAUGACAAUGACCUGGGUGUUUUAAGGGCUCAGCUGUCUUGUGGCCAUGUCAUAGAUCCAGAAACACUGACUGACUGCUGCAGAGCUCAGCUGAACGAUGGACAGACUGAAUUCAAAUGUCCGCUGUGCAAGAAAAAAUGGCCAUAUGAUGAAGUGCGAAAACUGGCAAAACUUACACUUGAAGAGCAACUGAGUUUUGAAGAAAAGCUUGGAACGAACACUGCUAAGAAGAUAGUCGACUUCAGGGAUUGUCCUGGUUGCGGCACCUUCAUCGAAAGGUCGGAUGAAUCUAAUCUGUGUGUGGAGUGCUCAGUUUGCACAGCAAAAACUGGACGCAUCUUUGAGUUCUGCUGGAAGUGUGAGAGAUUGUGGAAAGGGCCUCGACCUCGUGCUGAUCAGUGUGGAAAUGUGGGAUGUAGAAGCGCUGAUCAGGAACUGCUGAGAGACUGUCCAAUGAUCACUUUAUCAUCAGUUGUAUAUAAGGGGACCGAUGCUCAUGUCCAGUGUCCUGUGAUUCGUGCGUGUCCAUUUUGUGGUGUGUUAAUAGAACAUAAUAAGGGAUGUAAAAUAAUGUCAUGUCGUGAAUGCGGGAAGCAGUUUUGCUUUGCUUGUUUAAAAUCUGCCCUCGAGUGCUUAAAAACAUCCACCCAUUUCAUUUCAUGCUCAGCUGGUGUUGCACCAAGGCAAACAAAUUCUGUACUUUAAGAACAUGUCCAACAACGUUGAUAUCAACUACCAUGGCGACUGCCAUAAGACUACACAGACUUCUCUUAAAUAAUAGUAGAAAAAAUGUCUAUGGGAUACUUGGAAAUAUAUUUUUAUUCACAUUUCCAUUUAUUCGUUUAGCAGAUACUUUUAUCCAAACUAACUUCAAAAAAGUAACGUCACAAGCAUUAUUCAUAACACUUCAUAUACAAUGUUAAAUGUAAAUUAUAAACUAGAGAGUAGGGUAAAUGCAGAAAAGAAGAACAUUUCAUAGAAAAUACAGUUUUUGAUAAAUAAACAGGGAUUAUAAUGUGUCUUUGUUUAUGG